CUGGCAGAGGAUGCUCCUUUGGGAGCCACGGUAAUGGUGGUGUCGGCGUGGGAUGCUGAUGAGAGGGGAGGAGACAGCUGGCAGGUGAAUUACAGGCUGGAGUCUGGCAACGAGGAGGAGGUGUUCACGCUGGUCACAGACAAGCAGACCAAUGAGGUUUCAAUCAUCCUCUCCAAGGUGCUGGACUUCGAGCGGGAGAGCGAGUACAUCCUGGUCCUUAGUGCUCAAAACCCAGUGGCCCUGGUCCGAGGGAGGUAUGGCCCAGCGUCCACGGCAACCGUCUCCAUCUAUGUGGACGAUAUCAACGAGGGCCCCAUCCUGUCCCAGAGCCACUACGAGGUCACGGUCAGAGAGGGAGAGGAGCCAGGACGGGUUAUUGCCACUAUUCGUGGAUAUGACCCAGACUCACACCCAAUCAGAUACUCGCUCAGAGGAGACACAAAGAGGUAUUUCUCCAUUGGGAAGUACUCAGGUGAGCUGAAGACCGUUCAGGCCUUGGACAGAGAGGAAAACAGCACCUACACUAUGGAGGUCAUGGCUGAAGAUGGACGGAACUCUUCUCUGUCAGCCUCCACCCUGGUAACGGUACAUAUCCUGGAUGUGAAUGACAACAGUCCUGUGUUGGUGGGGGACUACUCCUGGAAGUACCUGUGUACACCUCGCUGGGAGGACCAGGCCUUGGUGCUGGCAUCCCGGGACAGUGAUGGUCCCCAGCACGGUGGCAGGCUCAACUUCUCCCUGCGCAGUGACGCCACCGUGCGCGGCAACUGGAAACUCACCCCCAUCAAUGACACCCAUACCAACCUGUCCCUGAACAUCCCGUACCUGUCUCCUGAGGUCUACACGGUCCCCUUCACCAUCUCUGACAGCAGCUCUCCUCCCAGGAGCACCUUCAUCAACCUGCCAGUGACGGUGUGCCCGUGCAAUGUGAGAGGAAACUGCAGGACCGCCGCUAAGCAGCUGCAAGGCAUGCCAACCGUCCAGUCCACCGUCGGCAUCCUUCUGGGAACCCUUGGGGUCAUAGGAAUCAUUCUAAUCGUUGUGUUUGUGAGGCUGUCCUACCAGAACCCCAAACCGCCGAGCAAAACCAACCAGGAGAGAGAGCCCCUGAGGAUCUCACUGUGAGGGUACUGCCUGCAUAUGUCUCUGACUGUGCCCUUAUGGACAGGGCCAUAACAGUAGAGCAAUGAUAUAGUGAGAAUGUUUAUUCAGUACUGUGCAUAGUAUUUACCUAGUGGGUAGUUCUUGGGUUGCGGUGGUAUUUGUGCAUUUGGGAAAAUAUGUACUUAACUUUCCUAGUUUUUUUAAUUUACAGUAAAUGUAUUUGGGUACAUCUUCCCAGUCUAAAUCAACUAAUGGCAGCUUAAUGACUUUAAAUCAUUUUCACCAUU